UGACGAGGCUUUCCCCUCUAUGGUCAAAAACGAUCAUGCAAGAAGACUAAUUUCUUUUGUACGAAAUACCAAAGUAGUAUUAAAUUGCUCAAAACGUAGUGGUACAGAUACUACUUAGAGGUAUAAGCAUCGAUAUGGAAGUGAGCCCUUUUAUUUAGUUUUUUCUGACGUAAAAAUGGUAAUGGUUGGAGUCAGUAUGAAGAGUAACAUUAUGAAGAGUUGUAUAAGCUCGAUAUUAUAACGAAGGAAGGACUUUCUUUGUGAUUUAAUGAAUGUAAGUACGAGUAUUCAUCUGUGUGUGACUGUAUCAUCAUCAUGUAUUUGUAUAAGUAGAAGAUUUUGUUAUUUGCUCAAAGUAGCUUGCAGGUAUUACAAAAGAAGUGAGGAGGAACAAGAAUGUUCUACUAUACCAGUUGUACGUUUUUGCGCUCAUUCAUCUAAUCAUUACAAAUAGUGCCCAUAAUUACGUAGUUUUUCGACAAUGCGUAUGCGAGGCAGAGAACACUGUUGUACUAAAGUUUGAGCAAUGGUGUUAACCAGAUGUUCCUAUCUGCUAUACUGAUAAACCUUAAACCCAAACCAAAACGACUACGACCUGAAUGGUAGUUAAUAAUAAAUAUGAAAGUGGGCAAGGCAAUGAAAAUCCUACACGAACAAGUAGUUCAACUUGUUGAAACAAUCUGAAAGAUGACCACGGCCAACGGUGGAAGUGGAACGAAUGAUAAAACCACUAAAAGGCCGCGUGCCUUUGACAGGACCUGAAAACACGAUCGCUGAGAAGUCCAUUUUGGAUGGGUAGAAUCAGUUCUCAAAAUCGACGAGAAGUAAAACAAGUUUGUUAUAGUUGUUUAUAGGUUGAUGGAAAAAGUCACGUAGUUGCCCUUCAAAUGGGAGGUAGCUCCAAGAUGCAUGAGCUCUAGCACACGACAGAUCAAGGGGGACACGAACCCAGAAAACAGAUAUCUUUUUCGGCUCAGCAAUG